GUUUUUUAAGCAUUUUUAAAGGAUAUUUUAAUGAUUAAAAGAAGAAAUGACAUCGAAUAAUUCAAAUGUAUUUGAUGGACUAUAUUAUUCGAGUAAAGAUACAAUUGACAAGAUCAAACAAGCAUAUUCGAGUCCAAAAGAAUGUGUUAAUAGUUAUUGGUGUUUAAUCCCUAUGAUUUUACUAAUUCUUUUUGGGAUUUUUAUUUUGCUUGUUAUUUACUAUUUUAUUAUGAAUAUUAUACGUAGUUGUUGCUGCUGCUGCUUUUUGUGUAAACCUACUAGAUAUGUUAAGUCGCAGCCUACGGUUUUAGUACAACCAACACUGGUUCCACAGUAUCCAGUAUGGUAUCAAGAACCAAUUGAUCCUCAUAGAAGAAUGGAUAUGUAUUAUGAUACAUCGCCAAAAUAUACACCAAAGCCUAUGCCUCAAAGAUCUCCAUGGAAAAAGAAAAGAUUGGAAAAUAAGAAAAUGCAUUUAAUUUCUAAUAAAAGAAAUAUAGAGAAUUAUAAUUAUGAUGUAAAGGACAUAAAAGAUAAAGAGAAUUCUAUGCAUUUUUAUACGAAUUUCGAAGUAGAAUCGCCUACUAAAGAAGAGAAUGUAAUGGCAGAUAGUAGAGAGUAUCUUUCAGAACUCUCAUUCAAUUCAAACUAUAGUUGUUAUAAUUCGAAUCAAGUUUCAGAUAACGAUUCAAGGUCAAUUUAUUAUUUAUCCAACUCUAAGUCUUAUCCUGAUACUCUGGAUAGUACGGAGAAUGUGUCUUAUUUUCCAGGUAGCUAUCAUAAAAAUAGACGCUAUUCAGGAAUUUGAGAUUAUAAUGUUUUGAAAUUGGAGUAAAAUUAAUCAGAUGCUGUG